AUGUCAACACUACACCCAACACCUCGGGCAACACUUCUCUCUAUCACCUUCUGGGAAAUCCUUCCCUCACAUUACGACAAGAUCAUAAACCGCUGGUCAAAAAUCGCACACCUACAUCACGAAACAAAGUCUGACAUCCUCGCCACCGAACACGCAGGUGCCGUAGCCUCCACCAAAGCCGAACUGCAGAUGCUGGAGCAGGAUGUGGAGCAGUAUCGGAAGCUAGUAAAUGGAAUCGACAUCACGGAUAUUGCAGGAACUUAUGUUGUGGGAGGGAUGUCGCGGCAUCGCGCAUUGGAGAUCGCCAAGGAAGACAAGAAGGAUUUGGAAGAGAGUCUGGAGAUGAUCAAGGAGAAAGUGAAAGAGGUCAGGGCCGAUGUGAGGUACGGAUUCGAAGAGGGAGAGUUGGACUGGUCGAUGUGUCCCUAG